UGGAUACAGGCAUGGUAGAAACAUGGGUGGAAAUGUGAUUUGACCUAGCAGCUAAUAUUGCCUUAAUUUUUAAGGGUUAUACAUAUCAUAUUCAAGGAGCACGUCAAUCCGAAACGGACUAACAUCAUUUUAGGAUCUGUUCAUUUUACAUUUAAAUGUUGUGGUCAACUGUUGUCUUAAAUCAACACCUGAAAUGUCCAAACCUGCGCUACUUUCACUCCAUCAAGCCUUGAGGAAAUGCUUCCAGAAUCUUGAAAACAACCAGAAAGUAUGGGAGAGUGUGUUGGCCGAAUGCAGCCCCCUGAUGGUGUCUCUAGGUAACUUGGCGGAGCAGUCCCGAGCGCUUUCAAACACCCAAAUCUCCAACACACCGCUCAGAGACUUUCCUGACCUGGAGGAGCGGCUGCGUUUCAAGCUCCAACUAUCCACGGAUACAGUGCUGGGAAAACUCAACGUGAAUAUGUCUUCUCUACAGUCUGUCAGAGAUUCCAUCAGUAACCAGGUCUCCGCGGUGGUCCAUCUUUACGAGCAGAACGCAGACAUUCUGGAUCUGCUCACUGUGACGGAGCGAUCUGCCACCGGACCCUCAGUGUCCGACAUGAUGGGGUGGCUGCACGAUGCUGAGCGUCACUUUCGGCAACAAUUUCUGAGGAGGAAGACUGUGCUGCAGACUCUGAGGCCAGAUGAUCUCUCCCUUUUAGAAUCUGCCCCCAAAAGAUGGAAAUCUUUGGAGUCUCCCAGUGCAGGAGAUCAUAUCAGAGAUACACUUUGCAAAGUGCACUUCUUUAUUGAGUCCCAAUGAGGAGAGGAAAAGCGACAGAAGUGCAACUCUGACCAGAUUUAAAUAUGACUGCAUUUCUAUGAAGAAGAGAAGAGCAUCAAUUGUAAAGAUGGACGAUUUUUCUGGCGAUGAAAUGGAAAAGACUUCAUUUUAUUUUUUUUAAAUAAAUGUCCCUGCACACA